ACCGGACUUUUUGUUCUCUUGUUUUAGUUCACUAAUCAGUUUAUGUAUCUGAACAUUUAACACCGAGUUUUCUAGAAACUAACACCGUUUACUGCACCUCCUUGCUACACCACUAUCCUGCACGAAAAUUCCUGACCAGUGCGACACAUUCCUUCUAUCCUCUGUCGCGCUUAGUUACCACCUGUGCUACCAAACUUGCAAGACAACACUUCAACGAUGGACGCCUGAGCCCAAGAGGCUAUGCGCCCUUAAACAACAACAACAACAACAAGGCUUGAUGUGCUGAACCAAUAAGUAGAAAAGCUGCGGCCAUGGUACCGUACUGUCUCUUGCAUUGGAAGAGAUGUGUUUUGACAAGCUUUAAUGGAAGACAAAGAUUAGGAAAAAGGCUCUUUAAUUCUGUGAAGCAAGGAAAUGAACAAGUUGCACGUUCUUCCAAAGUGCAAUGCAGUAAUGCACUACACCAUGAAAAGAGCUAUCAGGCAGAUCAAGGCUCCCUCGUUCUUCAUGGCAACUGGUCUAAGGAAACCAGGGCUACCGUGCUGCAAGAUAUGCUGGUUUUUAACGAUUUCAUCACUGAGUCUGAAGAGGAAUGUAUCAUGGGAGAAAUUGGCCCAUAUUUGAAGAGGAUGAGGUAUGAGUUUGACCAUUGGGAUGAUGCGAUCCAUGGCUUCCGCGAGACGGAGCGGCCGCAGUGGAACCCGGAGAACGCGCGCGUGCUCGACCGCGUGCGCCGGCUGGCCUUCCCGGUCGGCACGGCCCAGUUGCGCCACGUGCACGUGCUCGACCUGGCCGGUGACGGCGUCAUCAAGCCGCACGUGGACAGCCGCCGGUUCUGCGGCAGCGUGAUCGCCGGUCUGAGCCUCCUCUCGGACGCCGUGAUGCGGCUGGUCAGCUGCGCCGAGCCCGAACGCCGGCUGGACGCCCUGCUGGGGCGGCGCUCGCUUUACGUCAUGAGGAACUCGGCCCGCUACGACUACACGCACGAGAUCCUGAGCGCGUCGCUGUCGACGUUCGCCGAACGGCGGGUGCCGCGCGGCCGGCGGGUGUCCGUCAUCUGCCGAAACGAGCCGACGGCCGCCGACGACGACGGCGACGGCCCGGCGCCCGGCGGACCGGCGGCCAGCUGAUGGCAGAUCGGCCGGCCAGGAGCGGGUGGCGGUGUAGAGUCCGGUGGCAAACACUGAUAUGAUGCAGCCACAUGUGAUGUCACGGAUCAAAUGGCAUGUGUCAAUGAGACAUUGGGCAUUGGUUCAUGACUUUAUCAUGUCAUUAUGGCAUGCCGAUGUUAAAUAUAUGACAUACGUUGUGACAUGCUGUAUGCUGUGCCACAACAGGGCUGUCUUUUGGCCUUCGUGGUCGUUAGCGUGUGGCGAGGGUACUUGUGACGUCACGGUUAGCAGCUGCCUCGGGCCAGCGUUUGCCGGUGAAGAACGGACCUCUGUUGUUACGGUGAACCCAUGUGAUACGAGCUGUGCUCGCCAGUGUGUGAAGUUGCGGCGGAUGUGAGCAAAUAGAGUGUGGUUUGUGUCAA